AGUAACGCCUGAAAGGGUUUUUGUUUGUUAAACCCAGCCGAGUCACCCAACCGAGGCAACUAUUCGAAAGGUCGGAGCCGAAGCAAUCCGCAGCUUCGCUUCCAGUUUCUUGCUCUCUGGAAUCGAAAGUCGCGAGGCUUUUUACGAUGGGAUCAUCUUCUAAGCGGGCGAGAAAAGCUCGAAGCGAUUCGGAGGAUGGCAGUGAGCUAGAGGAUGGGAAGCUGUUGGUUGACGAGAUAUAUUCUGACCAUGAUGUCGAAGAAGGUGAUAGUGGAAUGGAUGAUGGCGGCGAGGAGGAGGAGGAAGAAGAAGUAAGUGAUGAGGACGGAGACGCCAGUUCAGGUGACGAGGAGGAAGGAUCUGAAGAGGACGGCGAGGAGCAAAAUCGUGGUAGAGAAGAUGACGAGAUGAAAGAACUCGAGAAGGAGUAUAUGGAUCUUCGGAACCAGGAGCAAGACAUAUUGAAGAAUCUGAAGCAACACAAGGAUGAAGAUCUUCUAAAAGGUCAAGCAGUACAGAGUCAGAAGGCUUUGUGGGACAAAACUCUUGAAUUGAGAUUUUUACUUCAGAAACCAUUCUCAAGUUCAAACCGGUUACCCAAGGAACCUGUACGGUCUUCAUUUUGCGAGUUAGAUGAAAAUGUCAAUAAAGCCUAUGUAGAUGUGAUAGCGUCCACCAAGGAGACAUUGGGUUCCAUUUUGGAGCUGCAGGAGGCUUUGCUCGAGAAUAAUCCAGCCAUUGCUCAUACAGCAGAAGGUAAUUCUACUCAAUCAAAAAGGCAAUUGGAGGAUUAUAAGAGCAACAAUGGGCAUACUGAUGACGAAUGGUCGCAAAUUUCGCAGAUGCAUAGAAGAAUGGCUCAUUUUAGAGACAAGUCAGUGGACAAAUGGCAUAGAAAAACGCAGGUGACAACUGGUGCUGCUGCUAUGAAAAACAAAUUACAUGCUUUUAAUCAGAAUAUUAGUGAACAAGUGUCUUCUUACAUGAGGGACCCCAGCAGAAUGGUUAAGCAGAUGCAACAGAGGUGGUCAACUGUUGGCAUAUUUGGGUCGGUGCCUGAGCAUGUGGAUAACACCAACAAAGAGGAGGCAAAUGCAGAGGGUGACUCAGAACUUGUGGAUGACGCAGAGUUUUAUCAGCAUUUGCUGAAGGAAUUUUUUGAGACAAUUGACCCAACAUCAUCAGAGGCUGCUUUUUAUGCUUUAAGGAGACUACAAACUAAGAAGAGGAAGGUAGUCGAUCGGCGUGCUUCCAAGAGUCGGAAGAUAAGGUAUCAUGUACACGAAAAGAUAGUCAACUUCAUGGCUCCUCAGGCCAUGAACAUUCCUCCCAUGGCACCCAAAUUGUUCGAGAAUCUGUUUGGAUUGAAGACGCAAAAACCUGGUUCUGUGGCCGAGUGAUACCCAUCAACCGAGGUUAGUUCGGCCUUGUUGGGGAUUUCAAGAUUUUGAAGCAUGAAGCUGAGGCAUUAGGAGCUAGCAGCUGAAGAGCAAUUCAGCUCCUGAUGAUAGCACAGAACCACAACGGGUGGGUGUGAGUCAACCGGUCAAUAUCAAUGAGAGACUACAAUUUUGGAAAGUUCAAAGUUUGCUAUCCUGCCCACUGCAUAGUCAUGACUCACAAUCAUGGUGUCAUGCAAAUGGGAUGUUCCGUUCCUGUUGUUUGUCUGCGCACGGGCAUAGUUGCUCCGAUUCAUUUUUAAGUUGCUUACAGAAUAGCCUUGAGCAAGUACCUUUCUGCUGUUUUCUCCUCAUCUAAUUUGGGAUAAAAAUAGGAUAGAAGAAACUAUUGUGAGAUUCGUUAGAACAGACAAAUUAUUUAGUGUAUCGGAUCUACAAUUUGAGGAAGAAAGGAAUCUGUAACGCAGAGAUUGUUUGCCCCA